AUGCUUCAUGACGACAGUAAUCUAGUUGUUGUUGGGGAGUGUAGGAUGAACAACAAAUUGGCUAAUUUUUUCAUUUUUUCAUCAACUAGAAUUGUAAGAAAUAAAGCAGCUGAAAAGGCUAAGCACGUUCAUCAUCAGCAACAGUCACAAAACUCAGGAACGCCACCAGGACAUCUUCCACAAUCACCUCAAAUGACAGCGACAGAUCCACAAGACAGUAAUGGUGGCAACAGCGGACCAAACUCAUUAAAUGGAACCGAAGGGAGAAUCAGUAGUGGAUACAGCAUCAAUGGCAUUCUUGGUAUUCAACAUUCAAACGAUCCAAAUGUCAACAAUAUGAAAAGAAAAAGAGUUGAUGACCACGCUUCCGUUGUGGAUGGCUAUCCAAGAUAUGAAUGUGCAGCACAUUUGAUAACAUUUACUAACCCAUAUUUUGGUUCAGCAAACGCUUCCGUCCGGUCAUCCCAUUGUAGUCAGGCUUUUGACUUUUUAGGAAAUUCCGAAAUAAUGUUCAAUUAA